UUCAAUUAAACACACUGAGCGUUGAAUUCAUGUGCUAUAGAUUUCAUUUGUUUAGUAGCUUUUGAGAUUUUAUCUAUUUGAUACAUUUGUAUAAAGACUUAAAAAUUAACUUUUGCGAAAUCUAUUUAAAUGACUGAAUACAAACAGCACUGCAAGCAGAACAGUACAAGACUACGAUGUUAAUAAAACAUAAAAAUACAACAUAAAAAAAUACAGCAUAGAAAGAAAGAAGUUUUAACGAUAUCUCCUGAACGCACCAUGUUUCCGUGCAUAAAACAAUGACACGUUGUAAAUUUUUUGUUGCUUUUUUUUCAUCUUAUUUUACACACGUUUAACACAAAACUUAUAAGCGAAGUAUCUGACAAUAAUGACAUUAAAAAAAAAAUUAAAACCUCGAGCGACAGAAAACGGUUCGACUGAACCUUCGUCACAAGCCAAAGGUCAGCCAAUCAGAUGGGCGGAAGUUCUACGUUGCGGUAAUCCGGUUCAGACUUAACCAGUGUGGCCGACGGAACCUGAAGUCGGUCGUUGGUUUGUUCCACGAAGCCGUCAAAAACGACCCCGUGCCGUGCGUGUGGGUGACGAGACACGGUGUCAUGGUGGUCCGGUACUCGGUUAAAGCGUGUGUCGGGGCUGAGAGCUGCUCCUUUGUCAGCUAGCGUACGUGUGUGCGUGCCGUUGUUUGUUGGUGGUUGUGGAGGAUCGGGUUGGGGUUGGGGGUGGAGGGGAGCCUGUCGCCUCUCACCAGGCCGGACGAGCCUCUGUGCGGAGCCACGACCGGUGCGAAGGCCGGUGGAAGCUUCUGGUAAAACACGCGGUGUGUGUUCCAACACCGUUAGCACGCUCCUUGUUCCAAAUUCUUCUCUAGAGUGAGACCCGACCAGCCUUCACCGUGGAAACCAGAAGAAGAGCGAAGAUGAAUGCUGUGCGUGGGGGCACAGUCACCUGGCGUCCCCAGCCAUGGCAGGAUGGUGAUGGAGGCGGAGGAGAGCCUCUAUCAGACAGCGACUCCGAGGAGGAGGACUUCCCUGAUGACAGCACCACCCCACUGGGAGACUAUAUCACGCAGGGAUUGAAGCAGCUCCUGGAUGCUCAGCAGCUCUGCGAUGUAACGCUUCUCGUAGGGGGGAAGAAGUUCAUGUGUCACAGAGUCCUCCUGGCAGCAGUGAGCCCGUAUUUCCGGGCCAUGUUCACCAGUCCUCUGGUUGAGUCUCGCCUCAAUGAGAUCCGACUAGAGGAGGUGACGCCAUCUGUCAUGGAGACAGUCAUCCAGUUUGUGUACACUGGUGAGGCGGGGCUUUCGCUGGACACGGCUGAGGAUCUGUUUGUGGCCGCCAACCUGCUUCAGGUCAUGCCCCUUCAAGAAUUGUGCUCCAGGUUUCUAUUUGAGCACCUUUCAGUGGAGAACUGCCUUGGGAUGUACUCUCUGGCUCGCUCUCAUCACGACCAGCUGCUGCUCCGAGCGUCCUUGAGGCUGGUAGCUCAGCACUUUCCCAGAGUAGCCCGGCAGAAAGACUUUCUUUUGCUUGAUCACGGUACCUUAGGGAGUCUCCUGAGCUCCGACCGCCUGGGAGUGGACUCUGAGGCAGAGGUCUAUGAUGCAGCACGACGUUGGGCAGAGCACCAACCCUUGGAUCGCUAUGCUUACAUGCCGGCGCUGCUCCACCAUUUACGGCCAGGAUUGCUGUCUCCAGAGGAGAGCAGAAGACUAAGCCAGGAGUUGGGGCCUGCUGCAGCUGGAGAGGGCCUUGGGGGCCCUCUAAGACCACGUGAGGGCAUGUUUGAGAAGAAAAUAGUCUGUGUGGAUCUGAUACGUCGGGAAGAUGAGAAUUUAGCUGCAAGAGACUGUACGGUGGAAUGCUUUGACCCUCGGACAGGAAAGUGGGAGAAGUUAGCAGCUCUGGGAUCACUGGUCAGCCCUGGCUGCACAGCUAUUGGUGACAGAUUGUUUGUAGUUGGUGGUAUCUUGCAGACAGGUUCCGUGUCUGCAUCAGUGCAUGAAUAUGAUGCUGUGAUGGACCGUUGGGUAGAGCGACCUUCAAUGGGCCAGCCUCGGGCUAUGCUGGGUCUACUGGCUUGUGGGGACUCACUCUAUGCCUUGGGUGGCAGCAACCGCUCAGCCCUACUCAACUCCAGUGAGAUUAUGGAUACGGCUACACUUCAGUGGACUCCAGGGCCAGUACUGCCCCUGCCUCUACGCGCCUUUGCUUGUGCCCAGCUACGUGGAAGGAUCUACCUGCUGGGUGGAACCACGCUGGAACAGAACCGAGCUGUGGUCCAUUCAGGGGUUCUGAUUUAUCACACCUCAACAGAUUGCUGGACGCGUGUGGCACUAGACUCUGGUGCCACCUGUCUUGCUGGAGGAGUAGCUGUGCGAGGAGGCGUGUGUGCUAUUGGAGGAUACAUGAGGGAUACCACAAAAUUCUUGGAUGGGAACUACACAAAUCUGGAGACUUUAGAUGCGACUGGGCGUGUAAUGUUUUUCAGAGAGGGUAGGGGGACUGGGUUAGAGAGGGAGGUGACUGGAGGCGGGGUGGUGGUCGGUGGAGAGCAACGAAUAGGUGCAGGUGGCGGAAGUGACAGAGCCCCAAGUCCUGUGGUUUUUCCUGGUUUGCCACGGCGCAUUGCAGCUGGGGGUGUGGCCAGAUGGAAACGCAGGAUUUAUGUGCUAGGUGGGGAAAAUGGUUCACGGUUCUAUGACAGUGUGUACUGUUGGAAACCUGGCUGGCGAAGCUGGGUUCAGAGACGUGAGAAACUGCCUGGAGAUACUGGAGGUGUGAGCCAGUUUGGGUGUACCACUCUGAAGUUCCCUAAGAAACAUAUCCAGUCCAGACUGAGACGAGCCAAAGACAACUGCAAGAAGGCUGGAGACUAGUUUGAUGGGGACCAGUACAAGUGAAGCGGAGGCAGAAUUUCCAUGUGACAUAGUUGAAUUCUAGGCUGAAUUAGACAGAAAAUUAUAGUAGCUACUUUCCUUGUGACCUGUCCUAAUUAGAUAACAUCAUGACAUUUCAGUGGUUUAGGUAAAGGAAGAUACCACAGUGUACACUUUGAGCGCAGCCAUACAGCUUGCAUAGCAUGGACAUGUAUGACCCCAGACAGUUUUGGUGGAAUUUCCUGUGAUGGAUGGUCAACUGUAUAGGCACAGAGCCUAGUAUUCAACAAUUUCAGAAUAGGGAAAAAAAUGAGCACGAAAAAGUAUUGGUGGACUUGCGUUUUCAAGGGUUAAAUUAUAUUUUGAACCUUUUAGUUGUAUUUUCAUGCUGUUAUUUUAGUGCUGUAAAUUCAUCACUAAAUCACUAAACUUUUUUUGUUUUGUGUUGGAAACUGCCAGCAAAUGGUGGCAAAGACAGUGAUGGACAGCUGAACUGAAAUUUUGAUCAUGGUGUUCUCUGAUGGAGCUUCCCAGAGGGAUGUUUUUAUUUUAUUGCAGUUAUGUUCAAAAGGUAGUAACACUUGCCAAGACGCUUGUCAUCUUAAGAUAGUCUCUUCUAUAUGUCUGUGCUCCAAUGUGGUGUGCUUCCAGCCUGGUGGGAAUAGCAAGUAGGAACAUACCCUGCUGUUGUGACUGGUACCUGAAAGCCAGACAGUUGGGUACUCAGGAUCUGGCCCCUUGCAAUGGACAAAGUAAUUCACACAUAAUGCCCUGCCAUAUGUAGAUGGAUGGCAGAAAUCUGUACUCUAUUUUAACUUAGUUUUGACAACAAAAUUGUUUCCUGAUUUUAAAAAAAAAAUCUUACAUCCCAUCCACAGUAUAUAGAAUGUACUUGUGUAGGUGGGGGCGGUUCUGAACAAAUUAACUCUACACAGUCUUUCUACAAAUAUAGUUGGGUAUAUCGUGUUCUCCUUUGCCUUGUCUGUCUGUCUGUCUGAAGGCAAGUUGCAUAACAAAAGAGUGGACAGGUUUUCCAGCAGUUUGUGGAGAUUGUUCUUGUGACAGGGUUUCUGUAUUUUAGUUGUGAUCUCAAUCUGAAUUGUUUAAAUUUUUUGCAUUUCUUCUGUUACUUUACCAUUGAGAGACAGGUUUUUCUUUUAUAUUCUUUGACAUGCCUUCUUUGUGAGUUCACAAUGAACAAAUUAAGAAAUCAGGUUUACUUAUCUGUUGUGUUUGAAUAACAGCUACUGCGUUUGCAGUGCUGAUUUUUAAUUUUUUUUUUCCCUUCUCCCCCUUUUUCCCCCCAUAGGAUAACUGAGUGUAUAAAAUGGCAUGUUGAACAGUAGCAGAGGUAUUUGGAUGUGAAAGCGGUUGAGUAAAAAUUAAGUACUAGUUUGUCUUCGUCUUUUUCCACAUCUGCGUGGAUUUAAUACACGUCUGAUUAACUUUCUCUGUACAUAGGAGUCGUGCACCUCUCCAUUCAGCCACUUUCCCUUCACAUCUUCUAUUCUGUUCUUUAAUUUAUGGCUUUCCUAAAUGGAGUAGACCAGUAUUUUCUGAACUUGAAUAGAUUAAUUGUUUGUAGCUUUGGCAACUGUUUUCCAGCUGGAAAACUUUCCUGAUGCUCCCUCUCUAUUCAUCCAGGCUUGGGACUGACACUGUGUUGGGCUGGUUCGCCCCCUGGUGGCUACUUUGAAGUAUAAAGUAACUGUAAAAUAGCAUCAUUCAAGAUAUGAAGGCUUUUUCUUGGGUUGAAGGAAGUUUUGCAGUGUGUGAUCUUGUUCCACCAUCUUUCUUUUUGUUAUGCUUGUGCAUAUAUUCCAGAUGGGAAUUUGAGGCUAAUAACUUCAGAUGUGUAAGAUGGAUACGCUAACUAGAGCAAUAACAGUUCAAACAGUAAAAUUUUACAUGUUAACGGGCAGGUUGCCCAUGCAUUGACAGUUGGACAGUAGGUUUCAAGUGUUAUGCAGCUCCUGGAAUUCACUUAAAUUAACAACUGCAAAAUGGAAUCUGACACAGUUGACCCUAGAGCAGGCCAUUUAAAAAA